AUGAAAGUGCAGAGCUUCUCGAAUCCCAAUCUCAUCCUCCAUGGUAGAUGCUACUCAAGUAGAGCCUCGAGGAGAGUGAAAAGUCGUUUCGAUGUUACAAAUAUGGGAAAUAGUAAUAGAAGUCGAGAUCUUCUGAUCCAAGGUCUGCAACUACAAGUGGAACUCGGCAAAUUACCUCUUGAGGGAACUCAAUUGCAAAGGGCCUUUAAUUCUCUAUCUCAGAAUCUUGGGUUCAAAAAAGGCUCUUCGUCUUUGCAGGAGGCAAAGAAACUGAUUCAUUUGAUUCUCCAGGGUAAAGUCAGUACAACUAUGAUUGAUGAAGCUUGGAAAACGAGUUUUGCCAAACAGGAAAUGGUGAACGUAUUAGAACCCAAUAAUGAGAGGAAUUUCAAAGUCAAUCGCGAUCGAUUGGCAGAUUCCGAUUUGCUGAAAAUUCACCCCUCAACUUCAAGGGAAUUUCACAAGACUUUAGAUAACCUAAGUCCUGAAAUGACAAUGUCUCGCUCAAGUUCAGCUAAUAGGUGCACUUCUCAACCUACGGUACAAAGUAAAGACAUUGAUCUAAAUACAUUACAAACCUUCUUGCAAACAGCAGAAAGAUCGAAAAUGGAACAACGACAAUUCGCAUGGGAGCAAAAUCGGAAAUACGAGUGGAAUAACGGUAAUUUAUCUGGCGUUCUUUCACCGGGUACUUUGAUCUUUGACAACAACAAUUUUACAAAGCGGUCAAAAUUGUCCAAAUUGUUCCAGAAGACAAGCCUAAGCUCCAAGUCAGCAGCCAAUCGAGGAAAUCAGGCGCCGAUUUCCAACUCGGUACAGUUACUAAUAUAUGACUUGGAAGAUGAUUCAAAAUUUAUCACUAAGUGGAAAAACCAAAAGGCUAAUUUACAUAUAGAGUACAGAGACCUAUUCACGGUGAUCAAUGGCAACAAUAAGUCACCCGAACAUCUGCUUAAGAUCAUAACAGAGCUGGAAAAUGACAAUUGGCAGUUGAUAGGUGAUGCAAGAGCGGACGGUAGUCGAAAGAUUGUUUUUCAAAGAGAGGGGAACGAGUCGAGUCACGGUAGUAUAUCAUCUAAAAUUCGCAAUGUCAGUCUUCUAGCGUUGCUCACCGGAUUCACGACGUACGGAGUGGUGCAAAGGCGGAAACGAUUAGAGAGCGAGAGUAUCAUUAGCAUCAGAUAG